AUCUGUCUGCGCGGACGCGAUGGCGAACGAGACGUCGGCGAACUGCUCUCCGCCGCUGCUGCUGCAUCUGCUGCUGUUUCUGCUGCUGCUGCUUCCUGGAGAGUCCUCGAGCAUCCAGGCGCGGGAUGACCUCCGCCUCCGCGACUCCGAGGUCUCCGACGGCGGUCCGGGGACGCUCUCCUGGCUGAGGGAGGUCGUCGGGGCAGGCUUCCCGGCGGGGCUGGAGCUGGUGCCUUGGCACCCGGGUGGCGGCUCCUCUUCGGCGCGAGCCCCCGGGGUCACGAGGUCAUCGUCUUCGUCUUCGUCGACGUCGCCGUCGUCGUCGGUGGUCGGGUCCUUGCUGCGCGAGGCCCGCAGGCUCGCGUCGGCCCGCGCGCUCAUGCUGCCCCUGGGGGAAGCCACCGUCGGCGGAGGUGACGACGACGAUGUGGAAGAAGAAGAAGCAGACCUCUCUCCGCGUCUCGUCGACCCGGAGGAAGUUCUGGGGUCGUCCGCGCGCCGCGCAGGGCCGGAGAAGUCACGCGGCAAGAAGAAGAAGCAGCUGGCGCUGCUGCUGCCCCUGCUGCUCCUGCUGAAGCUGAAGUUCCUGCUGAUCCCAGCCCUGUUCGGCGUGCUGUUCGUCAAGACGCUGCUGGUUCUCGCCGUCAUGGCGGCGCCCACGGUGCUAGGCUACCUGCGCUCCUGCCGCCCGGCGCCGGCGCAAAGCCACCGCCACAGCCCCUCCCACUACCAUGGACACCACGCCGCCGCCUACUACCCCGCCAGCGGGUGGGACCACUCCGCCGUCGCGUCCUACCACUCCGCCAGCCCUCCUCCCCACUACUCCGACCCUGGCCACCUGUACGACUCUCCCCACCACUCGUCCGGCCCGUCCCACCCCUACGCAGACCCUCCCCACCAAGCGUCCGACCCACCCCACCCCUACGCCGAUUCUCCCCACCACGCGUCCGAUUCACCCCACCCCUACGCCGACUCUCCCCACCACUACUCCUCUGGCCCACCCCACCCCUCCGACGACCCUCCCCACGAGCCGUCCGGCCCGUCUCACCACUCGGCCUUCGCGUCCUACCCCGGGUACGAGUCGGACGACCCGCCCCUCGACCCCUACGGCCAGCCUUCCGCCUAUCCCUCGCACUACUCGCUCCGGAAGCUCGGGUCCAAGGUGCGCAAGACGGCGGCGGCGGUGGCCUCCAGAGCCGGGAUGUAGCAGGUAAGUCACUGGGCAAAUGAAUCAGGGUCUCAGGCCCGUUCUACAAUGACACGGAAGCGGGGAUGGAUCUCGGAGAACAGAGUAUCUACAGUGGCGUGCAUGUGGACACUGACCCGUACGGAUAAGCUCGGCAAUGACCAGUUCUUCCAUUUAUGUCACCCGGGGCAACAGCGGUAGCCAUUUUUGUUUACUUUUUACACGUGGUAAAAAUUGUUUAAAUUACAAGAAUAUUUAUUUUAUCACUACUUUGUGAGUUCUUUUUUAUACGAAUCUUGAUCAUUAUUAUAAACAUACACCAUAUGUUUUCAACAGAUUUUGUGCCAUGACAAUUUUUUUUUAUCAUUUAGUAUCGAAAGUUUGCCUUAAUGAAAGCCGAGAUUUCACAUUAAGAGUUUCACAGUGACAAUAACAAAAUGUCUAUUGUCAGUGUUAUAAUAGUUGUAAGAAUUGCCAAUAAAUUAAUUCGAUGCCAAUUGCCAAUAACUUAAAGGAGGAACCUUUCUGUAGUUGACUACCACUGUUAAAGUCAUUCAAUUAAAUUAUAUUCUUGCUUUAACAAAUCCAAAAUUGAAAAUCAAACCACAUAAAAUUUUAUGGUUUAAAACUAAUAUUUAAAAAAAAA